UGGCGGAAUAGCGGCGAGUGGUGCGAAAGCAACGGCGUUUGUGGUUCCCUCAAUUUUCGCUGUCUCAUCAACCAAACGCUCCAAAAUCCACUGAUCGAUCGAUCGAUCGUCCGUUCCGAAAAGAAAGCGGGAGAAAGAUCUGAGGUCUCGAAGGAGAAUAAUGCACUCACUGAAUCUAAAGGUGUUCACCGAUUUCAACUCGGGGACAACUCGGUCGUGGCCUGGACGGCGGGGACCGGAUCUGGACACCGGGACGAGGCGCCUGUGGUUGAGUUGCAGAGAUCACGCGAAGCAGGCGAGAAUCGCCGCUUGUUCGCAGAGAAACGGCGGCGGCGGUGCCGCAGGCGGCGGCGGCGGCGGAGGGAGCGGCGGUGUGGAGAGUCAGGCGCCGAGCCGGAGCUCGUUUCUUUCACGGAGCCAGACUUAUGCUCUGUUGAAGCAGCAAAUGGAGGUUGCUGCCAAAUCCGAGGAUUAUAAAGAGGCCGCCAGACUUCGUGAUUCACUGAGAUUGUUUGAGGAAGAGGAGCCAAUUUUACGGCUUCGCAGAUUGCUGAAGGAAGCCAUUGUGGACGAGAGGUUUGAGGAUGCAGCUAAAUACCGUGAUGAGCUGAUGGAAAUUGCCCCACACUCUCUGUUGAAAUGCACUAGUGAUGCAACAACCUUGGGAAUCAGAGUUCAAGUCAGAAGUGUUUACAUUGAAGGCAGAAGUCAGCCAUCAAGAGGCCAGUACUUUUUUGCAUAUAGAAUAAGAAUUACCAAUAAUUCAGAUCGUCCCGUUCAACUUCUCAGAAGACAUUGGAUUAUCACUGAUGCAAAUGGGAGAACUGAAAAUGUUUGGGGAAUUGGAGUUAUUGGUGAACAGCCAGUUAUACUUCCUAAUACUGGGUUUGAAUACUCAUCUGCAUGCCCACUAAGCACUCCAAGCGGAAGAAUGGAGGGUGACUUUGAGAUGAAGCAUAUUGAUAGAGUGGGAUCUAAGACAUUCAAUGUGGCUAUUGCCCCAUUUUCUCUUUCCACACUAGGAGAUGACAUGGAUGCCUUCUGAAAUAUGAAUUGUAAAGCCAUCCAGGAGGAGGAGAAAUCGGCACUUGGCAUCAUCAAAAUUUCCAGAUACCUGUCCAGUUAAUAUGCCAUAAAUUACUGAUUUGUUGUCAUAGAAUUUGGGGGCUCGCCACUUUGUAAUGCCCUUGGCAGAUGUAAAGAAUCCUUAGAGAACAAGUGUAAAAAGUUCAUUAACUGCUUACAAUUUUGUUAACCAAGAAGUUGUCUCACAUGCUUGGGAAACAAACCAAGUAUUUGGGAUGCAUGUAUAGAUCCCGCCAUAUUAGAAAUAAAAAUUCUCAUCCACUUUGGCAUGA